GUACCGAAAAGGUUGUGUAGUUUGUACGUGCUUAUAUUUGUAAAUAAAACUCAUAUGGGCGUGAUUGUCGCUGGCUGAAGGCAAUAGAAAGCUCGGUCCGCGAAAGAGAAGUGGACGCUACAGUUUGUGCCGGACUUCGAAGGGCUGCGAAAGCUCCGGCGACCCGGGAAGGAGAGCGAGGGAGAGCUCUCACAGGAGAUUCGCAAGAUGACGAUCCCGAAGGUGAUGCGGACGACAGUUUUGGGUUUCGCCAAAAGAUGCCUGAGGGGACCUGCGAAUUUACAGACACAGCUUGUGAGGGCAAUGUCAACAGCGGAGUCCACCGAUGUGCUAUUGGAGAAGGUUGGCAACAAAGGUGUCAUUACCUUGAACAGGCCAAAGGCACUCAACGCACUCUCUCUCGAAAUGAUUCGCCAGAUCUAUCCCGUCCUCAAGAAGUGGGACACAGAUCCAGAAAUGAAGAUGGUUAUCAUCAAAGCAGCACCUGGCUCCAAGGCCUUCUGCGCAGGCGGUGACGUCAAAGCCAUUGCCUUGACGCAGGGCAAGGAGUCUGAACUACGGGAUGCCUUCUUCCGGGAAGAGUACCGAUUGAACAACCUCAUUGGUAGUCUGACUGUGCCAUAUGUUGCUCUUGUGGAUGGUAUCACUAUGGGUGGGGGCGUGGGACUUUCAGUUCAUGGCACCUUUCGUGUGGCAACGGAGAGAACGGUGUUUGCCAUGCCUGAGACUGCCAUCGGCUUUUUCCCCGACGUUGGCGGAAGCUAUGUGUUGCCACGGCUACCAGGAAAGCUGGGCCUCUACCUGGGCUUGACUGGGCAGCGAAUGAUCGGCUGGGACGUCCUCAAGGGCCGCAUCGCCACUCAUUUUGCAUCGUCUCAGAGGAUGGAGCACAUUGAAGGCGACCUGAUGCGAUUGACCACACCAAACAUCUCUGACAUUGACAAGAUCCUUAUUAAACACCAAGACCAGUGUGAAGCUGACUUCCGAAAAGAAUUCAUCCUCAAGAAAUACAUGGGUCGCAUCAAUGCCGCCUUUGAUGCCCCAAGCGUGGAGAAAAUCAUUGAGAACCUCAAAAAGGACAAUUCAGACUGGGCCAAGGAACAGCUCACCACACUCAGCAAAAUGUCACCACUGUCCCUCAAGAUCACCUUCAAACUUCUCGAAGAAGGCGCUCGACUCACCCUUCAAGAUGCUCUCAAGAUGGAGUUCCGUCUCUCUCAACGCUUCAUGCAGGACUCCGAUUUCUAUGAAGGAGUCAGAGCAGUGCUGAUCGACCGCACGGGCACUCCCAAAUGGAACCCUGAAACCCUGGAAGAAGUCACCGACGAGAAAGUCCACUCCUACUUUGAGCCGCUGCCAAGUGACAAGGAGCUCAGGCUGUGAGCCCCAGCAAACAAUGAAAUGGGCAGCGUCUUCCUGGUUGCCUUUAACCACUUUUGUCCUUUUGCUGGCUCCACCGCUCCGUUCCUCGUGCCGGCAUCGACCUGCCUCGAUCAAGGUGGCUGGUUCAUACGUAAUGCGCGAGCGAAUUGAACUAAUGCUGAGCUUGCGGGCAAGAGCUUUGAUCUGCUGCUUGGCAAGCCAGCGGCGCUUGCCACGGCUAAACAGCCUUGUUGAAGGCAGGUAGACUGUUUACGCAAGGGGAGCUCUGUAUCAUGUGGUCCACCACGCUGUUUAACUGCAGUGGAUUGACGUCGUUCAACUGUACAUCCAGUGACGUUCUCUUAGGAGCCAGCGUGCUUUCAAGACCUUCUUCAAAAGGGCGCUUUACCCUGACUUCUUUGGUGUUUCUCUUGAUUUUUUAUGUACUCCCAAAGCGAGACGCUCGCUUUGUCUCUUUUUGCCCUGUAUAAAGGCAAUUAUGGAGUGCAGCAUCGCAAGCCCCAUCUAAAGCAAAAGUGUUCUAGUUGUUAUCAAUCCACCCGUAUGCGUUUGAUCUGAAUGAACGAAGUGAUCAUAUACGAUUUCAGGCCUACAGGAAAGGUUGGUUGGUAUUAGUUUUAUACUUUGCCCCUAAACAAAGGUCAUGUUAAUCUAGGAUAGUGAUGUUAAUUGGGCAGACCAUAGUUUGGGCGUGUGCACGAAGUUAAAAUGAUUUUCAAGUAGUUGGUUUGGCUUUGUGCAAAAAUUCAGUGACUCUCAAAAAACUUGCUGCCAUCAGCAAUGGACUUUUCUGCUAAAGCAGUUUAUCAAAGCUGUAAGUGAGGGACAGAAACAUUCAGUUUUCAUUCUUACAUCAUCAUUAGCAUUUUGAGAGAAAUUUUGAAACUUAUUUUUUGCAUGCAUAUUCAACACAGCACAGCAGUUCCCCUGAAUCUUGCACCCGCGGCUAAGCUAGUCAGCUUCUGCAAAUCCUUUUUUUGAUUCUCACAGACCCCAGCAAACCUUAAACAGACAUUCGCACUACUGCCCACUGCAGAAGACAAUCCAGUGCAAAUUUCCCUGUGGACUUACUUUUUUUCUCAGAGUUUAGUAGUCAUGCAUAGACACAACUUAGUUAUUUGAUUAUCUUAAACCAUGGUCAAUGUGUGUGCUGUCGGAAACCAUGCUUGCUGACUAUCUUUUUAUUAGCAGUGCAAAAACAUUUAUGGACGCUUGUUCGAAGUGGCACACACAGGUGGGGCUCAUAUUCUGUGAAAUUCCUGUGGCCUUUCAUCUGUGACAGGCGUGCUAGUACAUGUAACUACUACUGAUGGAAUUAGUGGGAUAACAAAACCACAGCAGAGGUAUCUGAAAGCCUAGAGGCAUAACAUAUGAAAAGUUCAUUCGUUGAAUGUAGGCCUAGGCAUUUCCAUUCAAUUUGUGCUUAAACUAAAGGGGCCCUGCAACACUUUUUCAGCAUGGUUAGAAAACGCUGUUGGGUAGUAGAGGCUCCCGACAGCACGCGAGCCAAAUAAUAUAGCACAGCACGCUGAGUGAUUACUGAACCCUUGGAACACGUGUGUAGUUAUGUUAAUAGUUUUUAGCUAGGAAGGUGUGAACGCAGUACUUAAGCAACGAGCUGCCGCUGCUGAAAACAGCUUUUACCUGGUUUUAUGGCACUGAGAUUUAAAUGAGAGUGCAUUAAAUUUUAUAUCGCAUUGUAUCCCUCUUUUUUUUUUCUUCUUGUUUCUAAUGCCUGUUAUUGUUCCAACAAACAGGAUUUGUUUGUUUUAGCCAGCCCUUGUUCUUCACUAGAAUGAGUUUGUGAGACAACCUGACAUCCAUUAGAGGGGAGUUGCUGGGAGUGUUCAAAGGCGUUAACGAGCCAAGUGAGCAUGUGCAGAACUGUGUGUACAUAAAUACACUGUUGCCCACUCACACAGUCGGGAUUUUCUGGAAAAAAGACACGGAAGUUACGUUUUCAAAUUAAAGCUUGAAAGUGCACUUAAGCUUCAA